AGUAUCAUUUAUUGUAUGUAACUCUACGCCCAUUGAAACAAAAAUGAGCAGUCUUGGAAAGAAUUGGAAAUAUAUAAACGAAGGAAAUGUCCACAUUGUCCUGCAUAUAUUAAACAGCGACUGUGUUAUUCGUCUCAUUAAAGAGGAUGACCGGAAUCAUACAGAUUAUAAUGUCGUACGUAACUCCGUGAACUUUGUAAAUAGAGUGAUGAUGCCAUUGGUUUUUGAAAAUUAUAAUUACCAAGAAGAGGUAAUUACAAUCAAUCCUGAAGAAAUUGAAACAUUAUCUAACACAUUGAAAUUAUUAAGACCAAAACAUCGCCAAACAAAAAACAGUAUCAGUCAGUACGCUAUAAAAGCGCCUAAUUUAGCUUUGAUACAUAAUGAAUUCGACAACUACUGUGUUGAAAUUAAACCAAAAGAGGGUUUUAUGUCAAAGAAAUUCAUAAAAUAUGCCAAAUGUUACUUUUGCCUUAAGCAAUACACAAAAUUGAAUGAGAAACAAAUCAGUAAAAUAAGUAAAUACUGUCCAUUGGAUCUGUUUUCUGGUAAUAAAAUAAAAAUAAGGAAAGCUUUAAAGAGCCUGAUAGAAAAUCCACAAAACAAUUUCAAACUUUUUAAAAAUGGCAUGGUUAUUUAUAACGAAUGGUCAGAUGAACAAAUUUUUGAAGAUCUGAUUUCACAAAUGCCUUUAAUUGACAAUGUAAAUAAUUUUUUAGAUUUAAUUAUUGAAAUAUUACUCAGUGAUGGAAAAUCUGAUAUAAUUUUGCACAAGUCUACCGAUGAUAUGAACUCAGAUUCUACAUUGAGUUGUGUUGAAGAAAGUAGCCCAUAUUCGAACAGUCUUCUUGACAGGUUACUCCGUGUUCAAAAACUAUCCGAGAACUUUGAUAAUGGCUGCCCCCGAUCAAGAGAUUCACAAGAAUAUGUGUCAUUUCUACUAAACAUGUUAGACAAUGAACAAUUAGAUUUAACAAAUAUGGCUGAUAGAGAACGUUUUUUAAGUCGCAUAGACUCGAGUCACCUUGCCCUUAUAUCAGCUGUAGCAAAAGAUUGCUCCAUCAUGAUCACAUUCACCAAGAAAUCCCAUGAAAAUCUUCCCACAAUAAGAAUCGGGGAUGAAGCUAUCAUAUACAAGAUAUCUAUAACAGAUUUAGAACCCAAGUCGGUUAAAACUCUGACAAAGAGAACUGAAACUGAAAUAAAAUUGAUAGAGAUAUAUGAAAAGGUGAUCAAAUCUGGCAAUAUUUAAAAUCCAGCCGCAUUCAGAAACAAGAUCCAAACAAUUACAAGCAUGGCAAGAACUUAUAUCGGAAUAUUUGAAAGCAACAAAACAAUCCACCAUAGAUGUAAGAGAAUCACAGAACAGUCCUCUGUUUAAUAAUACAGCAAU